AUGGGGGAAUUCACUCCACUGGAAAAAAAACAAUUCGAAGGUACUGGCAAUGAACGUGAUGACAAGGUUGCUGGGUAGCCCAAAGAAGGCUGGACUUUAAGCCUACAAAAGGCGCCGAAGUUUCAACAUUGUUUUAUAUUUUCGUAUCUGUCUGGAGGGAGAAACAGCAGGGAAAAAGGACAAGGGGCGUUUAAAAGCAAACGAGAAGGGUACGCUUUGUUUAAGGCUUCCCAUGUCUUGAUGAUGAUUUCUACUUUUUUGAUGGAAGAGUAAAGGCUUCUAUGACCAGAAACAAGAAGUAUAGAACAAAGGUCAGACAAAACAAAACAGGUGAAGUUGUUGCUGCUCAAUGCACUUGUAAAGCUGGCGCUAAUGGAUAUUGUAAACUUGCUGGGGCCUUAUUAUAUGCCAUACUUGAAUUCUCUGAAAGUGGCCUUGGACAGAUUCCUCCAAACACUUCUUGCACAGAAAGGCCUCAGCAGUGGCAUAAACCAACCCAACGAACCUCAAACGUUCCAGUUCUUUUCAAAGAUAUACUGAUGAUAAAGCAUGAUUAUGAUGCUGACAAAAGAAAGAAGACUGAAAAAAGGACUGAAAGGAAAAACGAGAAAGAAGCAUAUUCAUCAUGUCCCCCCUUUGCUCUACAGGUUACAAGAAAGCAGAUUAAGGACCUCUACAAUGAAUUAAAAAACUUGCCUAAGGAGUCAAAUGCAGUAAUUCUCAAUGUGUUGCAAGGCAAUGAUUGGCAGCCUGUAACUGUAAAAAUGAUUAUCUACCUGGUAAACAUAAAAGAAAUGAAACUCAGACAGAGGUAGAAGCUUCAGGUCAUCUUUUCAAGAAAGCCCCAGUACAUUGUUUUGGGUAAAAUCAGUGUGAGCCACUAGACAUCAACUUUUUUCAGAUUUAAUCACUUCCCAUUCUGUAGCAAUUUCUAACUUACCUGAACAACAGACUGAAACUAGCAUGAUUGUAGAAACUGAAACUGAUGAAGCUAUGAUUUCUGAGGAAACUUUAAAUGAUGAUCCUGAUUUUCAAAGCAUUGGUAACUUUACCAUGCCCAAUCCCACACAGGGCUACCCAGAUGACUUGGUUUUAACUGAUGAGAACUUUAUAGAAAUUUGUAAAGAGUACAUGAAAACCAUCAAAAUAACUGAAGAUGGUAUCAACACUGUUGAGGAAAAAACAAGAGGGCAAUCUAGCAACUCAGAUUGGUUUUAA